AUGCUGUGACAGCCCAUGAGAGGGGGAGAGGUUGCUCUGGGAUGGAACAAGAAAAAGAGGUUGUUUUGUGAGGACUUCGGGCUCAAGAUGGUGACUGCAGCCAUGCUGCUACAGUGCUGCCCAGUGCUUGCCCGGGGCCCCACAAGCCUCCUGGGCAAGGUGGUUAAGACUCACCAAUUCCUGUUUGGUAUUGGACACUGUCCCAUCCUGGCUACCCAAGGACCAAACUGUUCUCAAAUCCACCUUAAGGCAACAAAGGCUGGAGGAGAUUCUCCAUCUUGGGCCAAGGGCCACUGUCCCUUCAUGCUGUCGGAACUCCAGGAUGGGAAGAGCAAGAUUGUGCAGAAGGCAGCCCCAGAAGUGCAGGAGGAUGUGAAGGCUUUCAAAACAGGAAACUAUGUCUUCAGUUAUGACCAGUUUUUCAGGGACAAGAUCAUGGAGAAGAAACAGGAUCACACCUACCGUGUGUUCAAGACUGUGAACCGCUGGGCUGAUGCAUAUCCCUUUGCCCAACAUCUCUCUGAGGCAUCUGUGGCCUCAAAGGAUGUGUCCAUCUGGUGUAGUAAUGAUUACCUGGGCAUGAGCCGACACCCUCAGGUCUUGCAAGCUACACGGGAGACCCUGCAGCGUCAUGGUGCUGGAGCUGGUGGCACCCGCAACAUCUCAGGCACCAGUAAGUUUCAUGUGGAGCUUGAGCAGGAGCUGGCUGAGCUGCACCAGAAGGACUCAGCCCUGCUCUUCUCCUCCUGCUUUGUGGCCAAUGACUCUACUCUCUUCACCUUGGCCAAGAUCCUGCCCGGGUGUGAGAUUUACUCAGACGCAGGCAACCAUGCGUCCAUGAUCCAAGGUAUCCGUAACAGUGGAGCAGCCAAGUUUGUCUUCAGGCACAAUGACCCUGACCACCUAAAGAAACUUCUAGAGAAGUCCAACCCUAAGAUACCCAAAAUUGUGGCCUUUGAGACUGUCCACUCCAUGGAUGGUGCCAUCUGUCCCCUCGAGGAGUUGUGUGAUGUGUCCCACCAGUAUGGGGCCCUGACCUUCGUGGAUGAGGUCCAUGCUGUAGGACUGUAUGGGUCCCGGGGCGCUGGGAUUGGGGAGCGUGAUGGAAUUAUGCAUAAGAUUGACAUCAUCUCUGGAACUCUUGGCAAGGCCUUUGGCUGUGUGGGUGGCUACAUCGCCAGCACCCGUGACUUGGUGGACAUGGUGCGCUCCUAUGCUGCAGGCUUCAUCUUUACCACUUCUCUGCCCCCCAUGGUGCUCUCUGGAGCUCUAGAAUCUGUGCGGCUGCUCAAGGGAGAGGAGGGCCAAGCCCUGAGGCGAGCCCACCAGCGCAACGUCAAGCACAUGCGCCAGCUACUCAUGGACAGGGGCCUUCCUGUCAUCCCCUGCCCCAGCCACAUCAUCCCCAUCCGGGUGGGCAAUGCAGCACUCAACAGCAAGCUCUGUGAUCUCCUGCUCUCCAAGCAUGGCAUCUAUGUGCAGGCCAUCAACUACCCAACUGUCCCCCGGGGUGAAGAGCUCCUGCGCCUGGCACCCUCCCCCCACCACAGCCCUCAGAUGAUGGAAGAUUGUGUGGAGAAGCUGCUGCUGGCUUGGACUGAGGUGGGGAUGCCCCUCCAGGAUGUGUCUGUGGCUGCCUGCAAUUUCUGUCGCCGUCCUGUACACUUCGAGCUCAUGAGUGAGUGGGAACGUUCCUACUUCGGGAAUAUGGGGCCCCAGUAUGUCACCACCUAUGCCUGAGAAGCCAACUGCCUAGGAUUCACACCCCACCUGCACUUCACUUGGGUCCAGGCCUCCUCUGUCUUCUGCUUUGUUGUGUGCCUCUAGCUGAAUUGAGCCUAAAAAUAAAGCACAAACUGCAGCA